GGAACGCCCUGCGGUUGCCAGGAGACGGGGAGACGCUGAGCCGCCAACCACCAGCAUUGGAGUGGCGAGGGCCCUUGGAGGAAGAUGGAUUCGAACUACCUGAGGAGAGUGCUGGGCAAGUGCCUGGCAGAGGGCCUGGCAGAGGUGGCAGUCAAACGGCCCGCAGACCCCAUCGACUAUCUGGCGCACUGGCUCUACAAAUACAGGAUCAACCUCAACAUAGAGGAGAAGAGAAAGCUGGAGAAAGUGGAGUUGGAGAAAGAGCAGUCCACUUUAGAGCUGAAGAAAGCCUAUGAGGGAAUGUUGAAAGAUGAACAAGAGAGAAUCGAGGAGGCGCAUAAACAGAAGAUGCGUGAGGAGGAGGAGCGAAGGCAGCAGGAGGAGGAGAGGAGGAGGCAGGAGACAGAGGCAGCCCUGCUCGCUGCCCAGCUGGAACAAAUAGAGGCCGAGAGACUGCAGGCUGAACAGGACAAGCUGGAGGCCGAGAAAGCAGCUGACCUGCUGCUACUGCAGCAAGUGCAGAACUUGGACCUCAAAGAGCUGGAGCCCAUAGGCAGCAAGGAGAUGGCGGUCAUCCCUGACGAGGAGAAUCCUGAGCAAGUGCUGGAGGCCGAAGCUCUAGAAGGAAUGACAGAAUCUCAAGAGGUGAAGGCUGACGAGACAGAGGCCCCAGCCCCCGGGGACUGAGCCCCUCAUACAGUUAUCACAGCGACACAACACAGUUACAAACAUUCUUAUUAAACAUCGUUUUCAUUUUAA